AUGUCUCGACUCUAUGACCAAUUUCAACAACGACUGUUUUCUGGAGCUUACGCUGGACUCAAUUCUGCUACUCGUCAGGAAGCUGAAUUGGUGCUUUCAAAAUUGAAGCAACGACUUUUCAACGAAUUCGGUGUAUUCACCAAGCUUUCACACGAAGAGCAGUUAGCCAAAGUUAAUGGGUUGUCUCUAGUACAGUAUAUGAACCCUCGAUUUGCCGAUAUAUGUCCGCUUAUCUAUCUGAUAGAUGCAGAAAAAUAUCCCAAAGGGUACAUCGAAUUCAACGGCUUGGAGACCAAGAUUGACUUGUUAACUCUCAUUAUGACAAAUCUUGUCUUCAAAGAGUACAUGGUGUAUAAGAUAGAAACAUCCAAAAACACCGACCAGGACUAUAUAGACUUAUCCAACCCUGCUCAGUGGUUUCCUGAGGCCCGUAAGAUGAAGAGAAAGAUCGUAAUGCAUGUUGGUCCUACCAACAGUGGAAAGACAUACAAUUCGUUGAAGAAGUUGGCUGAGGCUAAAACUGGCUAUUAUGCUGGACCAUUGAGAUUGUUGGCACGAGAGAUUUACGAAAAGUUUCUUCUGACGAAUGUCAGGUGUAAUUUGAUUACGGGAGAAGAAAUCAUCCCCUGUAUGGAUAAGUUUGGGAAAGUCAGUGGGAUUUCAUCUGGAACCAUUGAAAUGAUUCCCCUUCACAAGAAGAUGGAUGUUUGUGUUAUUGAUGAAAUUCAGAUGAUAGCAGAUCCAGGAAGAGGAUCUAUAUGGACCAACGCUCUUUUGGGAGUGUUAGCUAAAGAAAUUCACUUGUGUGGAGAAGAAAGUGCUGUGCCUUUAAUCAAGAAGUUGGCCAAGAUGACUGGUGACGAAGUUGAAGUCAAGCAAUAUAAGCGACUAGGCGAGUUGAAGGUGACUGAUAAGGCUAUCUCAUAUAACAAGCUCGAGAAGGGUGAUUGUUUGGUGGCAUUUUCCAAACACAAGAUCUUACAGUUAAAGUGUGAAAUUGAACGUAGAACCAAUCUCAGUGUUGGUGUCGUUUAUGGAGCCUUACCUCCAGAAAUCAGAUCUGAGCAAUCGAGAAAGUUCAACAGCGGAGAAUUUGAUAUCUUGGUAGCUUCUGAUGCUGUUGGAAUGGGACUCAAUUUGAAGAUCAAGAGAAUCAUCUUCCAGACGGUAAGAAAGUUCGACGGAAAGGAAAUGACCAACUUGACUGUUUCAAGCGUAAAACAAAUUGCUGGUAGAGCUGGUAGAUACUCCGAGACGCAUGGAAUGCAGACAGGAUAUGUUUCAGCACUUACGUCUCGAGACUUGAUGUAUAUCAAACAAGCCAUGAAUGCCCCCAUCAGAGAGUUGGAAAAGGCAGCGAUCUGGCCAACAUUUGAUAUAUGGAAACAGUACAUGGCAAAGUUUUCUAAAGACGAAUCAUUGUACGAUUCGUUGUUGCAGUUCGAAAGAGAGACGAAGGACAAGAGAAUGGAGCAUUACUAUGUUGCCACAGUGGAUGACAAGGCGGAGCUCAUGAAGCUCUUCUUACGAGAAAACCUAUACAAAAAGGUUCCCAUCGACGACCAGUUGAUCUUAAGUUUGUGUCCUAUUAACUUAAACAUGUCAUCUCCCGAGGUCACUGAAAUGACGUUCAAGUAUAUCAAGAAUGUUCAUCAGAGAACCACCAAGACAAUCUUUGACUUCGGCUUUAUUGACCAUAAGCUCCUUACGACUUCGCCCAAUAUUGCUUCUGUGCACUUUGACAAGAGUGCGGCCUUGCUUCGUCUUCUUGAAGAUCACCAUAAGGUAGUGUUGAUGUUCUUGUGGUUGAGCCAAAGAUUUCCAACGUUGUUUGUAGAUAAGGAGAGUGCUACCGAGUUGAAGACAUUGAUAGAAAAGAGGAUCCAGCAGGAGUUGUCCCAUUUAAGGCGGAUCAGCAGGUAA